AUGGUCUUUUAUUCUCCUCAUCCCUGUUCUUUUAUUUUCCUCGUUCCUAUUCUUCUAUUCUCCUCAAUCCUGUUCUUUCAUUCUCCUCUUUCAUGGUCUUUUAUUCUCCUCAUCCCUUCUUUUAUUCUCCUCAUCCCUGUUCUUUUAUUUUCCUCGUUCCUGUUCUUCUAUUCUCUUCAUUCCUGUUCUUUCAUUCUCCUCUUUCAUAGUCUUUUAUUCUCCUCAUCCCUGUUCUUUUAUUUUCCUCGUUCCUGUUUUUCUAUUCUCCUCAUUCCUGUUCUUUCAUUCUCCUCUUUCAUAGUCUUAUAUUCUCCUCAUCCCUGUUCUUUUAUUUUCCUCGUUCAUGUUCUUCUAUUCUCUUCAUUCCUGUUCUUUCAUUCUCCUCUUUCAUGGUCUUUUAUUCUCCUCAUCCCUGUUCUUUUAUUUUCCUCGUUCCUGUUUUUCUAUUCUCUUCAUUCCUGUUCUUUCAUUCUCCUCUUUCAUGGUCUUUUAUUCUCCUCAUCCCUGUUCUUUUAUUUUCCUCGUUCCUGUUCUUCUAUUCUCCUCAUUCCUGUUCUUUCAUUCUCCUUUUCAUGGUCUUUUAUUCUCCCUCAUCCCUGUUCUUUUUUUAUUUUCCUCGUUCCUGUUCUUCUUUAUUCUUUCAUUCCUGUUCUUUCAUUCUCCUCUUUCCUGUUCUUUUUCUCUCCUCAUCCCUGUUUUUCCUCUUCCUCUUCCCUUCUCUUUUUUUUCCUUUUCCUUCUCCUCAUCUUCAUUUUCUUUUUUAUUCUCCUCAUUCCUGUUCUUUCUUCUAUUCUCCUCUUUCAUUCUCCUUUUCAUUCUUUUUUUUCUCCCUCAUCCCUGUUCUUUUAUUUUCCUCCUUUCCUGUUCUUCUUUUAUUCUCCUCAUUCCUGUUCUUUUAUUUUCCUCGUUCAUGGUCUUUAUUCUCCUCAUUCCUCUUUCAUUCUCCUCUUUCAUUUCUUUUAUUCUCCUCAUCCCUUUUUCCUCAUUCUUUUCUUCUAUUCUCUUUCCUGUUCUUUCUUUCUCCUCUUUCCUGUUCUUUUAUUCUCCUCAUCCCUGUUCUUUUAUUUUUCCUCAUUCCUAUUCUUCUAUUCUCCUCAUUCCUGUUCUUUCAUUCUCCUCUUUCAUGGUCUUUUAUUCUCCUCAUCCCUGUUCUUUUAUUUUCCUCAUUCAUUUCUUCUCUCUUCAUUCCUGUUCUUUCAUUCUCCUCUUUCCUUUCUUUUAUCUCCUCAUCCCUGUUCUUUUAUUUUUCCUCAUUCAUGUUCUUCUAUUCUCUUCAUUCCUUUCUUUCAUUCUCCUCUUUCUUUUUUAUUCUCCUCAUUCCCUUCCUCUUUUCAUUUUCUUCUUUUCCUGUUCUUUCUCCUCUUCUCCCCUUUCCUUUCUUUUCUUUCUCUUCAUUCCUUUCUUCUCUCCUCAUCCUGUUCUUUUAUUUUCCUCGUUCUUUCUUCUAUUCUCUUCAUUCCUUCUUUCAUUCUCCUCUUUCAUGGUCUUUUUAUUCUCCUCAUCCCUGUUCUUUUAUUUUCCUCGUUCCUGUUCUUCUUCUCUCCUCAUUCCUGUUCUUUCAUUCUCCUCUUUCAUGGUCUUUUAUUCUCCUCAUCCCUGUUCUUUUCCUCGUUUUUUCUUCUAUUUCCUGUUCUUCUUUCAUUCUCCUCUUUCAUUCUUUUAUUCUCCUCAUCCCUGUUCUUUUAUUUUUUUCAUGUUCUUCAUUCUCCUCUUCCUGUUCUUUCAUUCUCCUUUUUCAUGGUCUUUUUAUUCUCCUCAUCCCUGUUCUUUUAUUUUCCUGUUCUUUUUUAUUCUUUUUCCUUCUUUCAUUCUUCUUCUUUUCUCUUCAUUCCUGUUCUUUUUAUUCUCCUCUUCCUCUUCUAUUCUCUUUUAUUCUCCUCAUCCUGUUCUUUUUUUUUCCUCGUUCCUGUUCUUUUUCUCCUCAUUCCUGUUCUUUCAUUCUCCUCUUUCUUUCUUUUAUUCUCCCUCAUCCCUGUUCCUGUUCAUUUUUUUUUCUUUCUUCUAUUCUCCUCAUUUCCUGUUCUUUCAUUCUCCUCUUUCAUAUUUCUCCUCAUCCUCAUUUUUCCUCAUUCUUUUUCUUUCUUCAUUCCUGUUCUUUCAUUCUCCUCUUUUCAUAGUCUUUUUAUUCUCCUCAUCCCCUGUUCUUUUAUUUUUCAUCUUUUUCUUCUUCUCUUCAUUCCUGUUCUUUUCUCUUUCUUUUUUUUUCUCUCCCUCAUCCCUGUUCUUCCUUUUUUUUUUCUCGUUCUGUUCUUUUCUCCUCUCCUCAUUCCUGUUCUUUCAUUCUCCUUUUUUUCAUUCUUUUUCUAUUCUCCUCAUCCCUUUCAUUUUUAUUUUCCUCGUUCCCUGUUUUUUCUUUCUCUUCAUUCCUGUUUCUUUCAUUCUUUCUUUUCAUGGUCUUUUUCUCCUCAUCCCUGUUCUUUUAUUUUCCUCGUUCCUGUUCUUCUAUUCUCUUCAUUCCUGUUCUUUCAUUCUCCUCUUUCAUGGUCUUUUUAUUCUCCUCAUCCCUGUUCUUUUAUUUUCCUCGUUCCUAUUCUUCUUCUCUUCAUUCCCUGUUCUUUCAUUCUCCUCUUUCAUGGUCUUUUAUUCUCCUCAUCCCUGUUCUUUUAUUUUCCUCGUUCCUGUUCUUUCUCCUCAUUUCCUGUUCUUUCAUUCUCCUCUUUCAUGGUCUUUUUUCUCCUCAUCCCUGUUCUUUUAUUUUCCUCGUUCAUGUUCUUCUAUUCUCUUCAUUCCUGUUCUUUCAUUCUCCUCUUUCAUAGUCUUUUAUUCUCCUCAUCCCUGUUCUUUUAUUUUCCUCGUUCCUGUUCUUCUAUUCUCCUCAUUCCUGUUCUUUCAUUCUCCUCUUUCAUGGUCUUUUAUUCUCCUCAUCCCUUUUAUUUUUUUUUCGUUCCAUGUUCUUCUAUUCUCCUCAUUCCUGUUCUUUCAUUCUCCUUUUCAUGGUCUUUUAUUCUCCUCAUCCCUGUUCUUUUAUUUUCCUCGUUCAUGUUCUUCUUUCUCUUCAUUCCUGUCUUUUUUAUUCUCCUCAUCCCUGUUCUUUUAUUUUCCUCGUUCAUGUUCUUCUAUUCUCCUUCAUUCCUGUUCUUUCAUUCUCCUCUUUCAUGGUCUUUUAUUCUCCUCAUCCCUGUUCUUUUAUUUUCCUCGUUCAUGUUCUUCUAUUCUCUUCAUUCCUGUUCUUUCAUUCUCUUUAUUUUUCAUGGUCUUUUUAUUCUCCUCAUCCCUGUUCUUUUAUUUUUCCUCGUUCCUGUUCUUCUAUUCUCUUCAUUCCUGUUCUUUCAUUCUCCUCUUUCAUUGUCUUUUAUUCUCCUCAUCCCUGUUCUUUUAUUUUCCUCAUUCAUAUUCUUCUAUUUUUUUUCUGUUUUGUUCUUUUCUCCUCUCCUCUUUAUUUUUAUUCUCCUCAUCCUUGUUCUUUUAUUUUCCUCUUCAUGUUCUUCUAUUCUCUUCAUUCCUGUUCUUUCAUUCUCCUCUUUCUUUCAUUCUUUUCUUCUCCUCAUCCCUGUUCUUUUAUUUUCCUCAUUCAUGUUCUUCUUUCUCUUCAUUCCUGUUCUUUCAUUCUCCUCUUUUCAUUCUUUUAUUCUCCUCAUCCCUGUUCUUUUUUUCCUCGUUCAUGUUCUUCUAUUCUCUUCAUUCCCUGUUCUUUCAUUCUCCUCUUUCAUUCUUUUAUUCUCCUCAUCCCUGUUCUUUUAUUUUCCUCGUUCAUAUUCUUCUCUCUUCAUUCCUGUUCUUUCAUUCUCCUCUUUCAUUGGUCUUUUAUUCUCCUCAUCCCUGUUCUUUUAUUUUCCUCGUUCAUGUUCUUCUAUUCUCUUCAUUCCUGUUCUUUUUCCUCCUUUUCCUUUUUAUUCUCUCCUCAUCCCUGUUCUUUUAUUUUCCUCAUUCCUGUUCUUCUAUUCUCCUCAUUCCUGUUCUUUCAUUCUCCUCUUUUCCUGUUCUUUUCAUUCUCCUCAUCCCUGUUCUUUUAUUUUCCUCAUUCCUGUUUAUUCUAUUUUCUUCGUUCCUGUUCUUUCUCCUCUCCUCUUUCAUCCUCUUAUUUUUCAUUCCUCAUCCCCUUUUCUUUUAUUUCCUCAUUCCUGUUCUUUCAUUUUUCUCAUUUCCUUGUUCUUUUAUUUUUUCAUUCUCCUCUUUCUUGUCUUUUUCUUUUCAUUCUCCUCUUUUAUUUUUUAUUCUCCUCAUCCUGUUCUUUUAUUUUUCUCCUCAUUUCUUCUUCUUUCAUUCCUCCUUCUCCUUUUCAUGGUCUUUUAUUCUCCUCAUCCCUGUUCUUUUAUUUUCCUCGUUCCUGUUCUUCUAUUCUCUUCAUUCCUGUUCUUUCAUUCUCCUCUUUCAUGGUCUUUUAUUCUCCUCAUCCCUGUUCUUUUAUUUUCCUCGUUCAUGUUCUUCUAUUCUCUUCAUUCCUGUUCUUUCAUUCUCCUCUUUCAUGGUCUUUUAUUCUCCUCAUCCCUGUUCUUUUAUUUUCCUCGUUCAUGUUCUUCUAUUCUCUUCAUUCCUGUUCUUUUCAUUCUCCUCUUUCAUGGUCUUUUAUUCUCCUCAUCCCUGUUCUUUUAUUUUCCUCGUUCAUUUCUUCUAUUCUCUUCAUUUCCUGUUCUUUCAUUCUCCUCUUUCAUGGUCUUUUUGAUUCUCCUCAUCCCUGUUCUUUUAUUUUCCUCAUUCAUUUCUUCUAUUCUCUUCAUUCCUGUUUUUUUCAUUCUCUCUUUCAUCUUUUAUUCUCCUCAUCCCUUUUUUUAUUUCCCUCAUUCAUGUUCUUCUUUCCUUCUCUUCAUUCCUGUUCUUUUUUCUCAUUCUUUUCCUAUUUUUUCUUCUUUCUCAUCCCUCAUCCCUGUUCUUUUAUUUUCCUCGUUCAUGUUCUUCUAUUCUCUUCAUUCCUGUUCUUUUCAUUCUCCUCUUUCAUUUUCUUUUAUUCUCCUCAUCCCUUUCUUUUAUUUUCCUCAUUCCUUCUUCUUUCUCUUCCUCAUUCCUUUCUUUUCAUUCUCCUCUUUCAUGGUCUUUUAUUCUCCUCAUCCCUGUUCUUUUAUUUUCCUCGUUCAUGUUCUUCUAUUCUCUUCAUUCCUGUUCUUUCAUUCUCCUCUUUCAUGGUCUUUUAUUCUCCUCAUCCCUGUUCUUUUAUUUUCCUCGUUCCUGUUCUUCUAUUCUCCUCAUUCCUGUUCUUUCAUUCUCCUCUUUCAUAGUCUUUUAUUCUCCUCAUCCCUGUUCUUUUAUUUUCCUCGUUCCUGUUCUUCUAUUCUCCUCAUUCCUGUUCUUUCAUUCUCCUCUUUCUUCUUUUAUUCUCCUCAUCCCUGUUCUUUUAUUUUCCUCGUUCUUUUCUUCUAUUCUCCUCAUUUCCUGUUCUUUCAUUCUCCUCUUUCCUUCUUUUAUUCUCCUCCCCUGUUCCUUUUUUUCCUCAUUCCUAUUCUUCUAUUCUCUUCAUUCCUGUUCUUUCAUUCUCCUCUUUCAUUGGUCUUUUAUUCUCCCCUCAUCCCUGUUCUUUUUAUUUUCCCUCGUUCAUGUUCUUCUAUUCUCUUCAUUCCUGUUCUUUCAUUCUCUCUUUUCUCAUUUUUAUUCUCCUCAUCCCUGUUCUUUUAUUUUCCUCAUUCAUGUUCUUUCUAUUCUCUUCAUUCCUGUUCUUUCAUUCUCCUCUUUCUUGGUCUUUUAUUCUCCUCAUCCCUGUUCUUUUAUUUUCCUCGUUCAUUUCUUCUAUUCUCUUCAUUCCUGUUCUUUCAUUCUCCUCUUUCAUGGUCUUUUAUUCUCCUCAUCCCUGUUCUUUUUUUUCCUCAUUCAUGUUCUUCUAUUCUUUCAUUCCUGUUCUUUUCAUUCUCCUCUUUCUUCUUUUUAUUCUCCUCAUCCCUGUUCUUUUAUUUUCCUCGUUCAUCUUUUAUUCUCCUCAUCCCUGUUCUUUUUUUUCCUCGUUCCUGUUCUUCUAUUCUCUUCAUUCCUGUUCUUUCAUUCUCCUCUUUCUUCUUUUAUUCUCCUCAUCCCUGUUCUUUUAUUUUCCUCUUUUUUCUUCUAUUCUCUUCAUUCUGUUCUUCAUUUUCUUUCCUUCUUUUUAUUUCCUUCCCUGUUCUUUUAUUUUCCUUUCCUGUUCUUCUAUUCUCUUUUCCUGUUCUUUCAUUCUUUUCUUUCAUGGUCUUUAUUCCUCAUUUUUUCUUUUAUUUUCCUCAUUCCUGUUCUUCUAUUCUCUUUCCUUUCCUGUUCUUUUCUUUCCUCUUUUUUUUUUCUCCUCUUUCCUUGGGUCUUCUCCUCAUCCCUGUUCUUUUAUUUUCCCUUCUUCUUUCUCUUCAUUCCUGUUCUUUUAUUCCCCUCUUUCUUUUCUUUUAUUCUCCUCAUUCCUGUUCUUUUAUUUUUUUCCUCGUUCAUGUUCUUCUAUUCUCCUUUCCUUUCUUUCUUUCCUCUUUCUUAGUCUUUUUCUUUCUCCUCAUUCCUUGUUCUUUUUUUUUUUUCCUCUUCAUGUUCUUUUAUUCUCUUCAUUCCUGUUCUUUCAUUCUCCUCUUUCAUUUUUUAUUCUCCUCAUCCCUGUUCUUUUUAUUCUUUCAUGUUCUAUUCUCUUCAUUCCUGUUCUUUCAUUCUCCUCUUUCAUGGUCUUUUAUUCUCCUCAUCCCUGUUCUUUUAUUUUCCUCAUUCAUGUUCGUUCUCCUCAUUCUCUUUCAUUCUCCUCUUUUCUUUUUUAUUCUCCUCAUUCCUGUUCUUUUUUUUUCUCAUUCAUGUUUUUCUCUCCUCAUUUCCUGUUCUUUUAUUUUCCUCUUUCACAUGGUCUUUUAUUCUCCUCAUCCCUGUUCUUUUAUUUUCCUCUUUCAUAUUCUUCUAUUCUCUUCAUUCCUGUUCUUUUAUUCUCCUCUUUCAUGUUCUUUAUUCUCCUCUUUUUUUUUCUGUUCUUUUCUGUUCUCCUCAUUCAUUCUUUUUCUUUUAUUCUCCUCAUCCCUUCCUUCUUUUUCUUCUCCUCUUUCCUGUUCUUUCAUUCUCCUCAUUUCUGUUCUUUUAUUUCUCUUUAUUUUUCUUCUAUUCUCUUCAUUCUUUCUUUCAUUCUCCUCUUUCCUCAUCCUUUUUUUCUCCUUCCCUGUUUUUUUUUUCCUCGUUCAUAUUCUUCUAUUCUCUUCAUUCCAGUUCUUUCAUUCUCCUCUUUCAUUGUCUUUUAUUCUCCUCAUCCCUGUUCUUUUAUUUUCCUCAUUCAUGUUCUUCUAUUCUCUUCAUUCCUGUUCUUUCAUUCUCCUCUUUCAUGGUCUUUUAUUCUCCUCAUCCUUGUUCUUUUAUUUUCCUCGUUCAUGUUCUUCUAUUCUCUUCAUUCCUGUUCUUUUCAUCUCCUCUUUUUCAUUUUCUUCCUAUUCUCCUCUUCCCUGUUCUUUUAUUUCUCAUUCAUUUUCUUCUAUUCCUUCAUUCCUUUCUUUCUCUUCUCCUCUUUCAUGGUCUUUUAUUCUCCUCAUCCCUGUUCUUUUUAUUUUCCUCGUUCAUGUUCUUCUAUUCUCUUCAUUCCUGUUCUUUCAUUCUCCUCUUUCAUGGUCUUUUAUUCUCCCCAUCCCUGUUCUUUUAUUUUUUCCUCAUUCAUGUUCUUCUAUUCUCUUCAUUCCUUCUUUCAUUCUCCUCUUUCAUUUUUAUUCUCUCAUCCCUGUUCUUUUAUUUUCCUCGUUCAUGUUCUUUUCUUCUUUCAUUCCUGUUCUUUUCAUUUCUCCUCUUUCAUUUCUUUUUAUUCUCCUCAUCCUUGUUCUUUUUAUUUUCCUGUUCUUCUAUUCUCUUUGUCCUCAUUCCUGUUCUUUCAUUCUUUUUAUUUUCUCUUUCAUGGUCUUUUAUUCUCCUCAUCCUGUUCUUUUAUUUUCCUCAUUCAUGUUCUUCUAUUCUCCUCAUUCCUGUUCUUUUCAUUCUCCUCUUCAUGGUCUUUUAUUCUCCUCAUCCCUGUUCUUUUUUUUCCUUUCAUUCUUUCUCUUUUAUUCCUGUUCUUUCAUUCUCUUCAUUUCCUGUUCUUUUCAUUCUCCUCUUUCCUGGUCUUUUAUUCUCCUCAUCCAUAUUCUUUUAUUUUCCUCAUUCUGUUCUUUCAUUCUCUCUUUCUUUCUUUUAUUCUCCUCAUCCCUGUUCUUUUAUUUUCCUCAUUCCUGUUCUUCUAUUCUCUUCAUUUUCCUGUUCUUUCAUUCUCCUCAUUCCUGUUCUUUUAUUCUCCUCUUUCAUGGUUCUUUUAUUCUCCUCAUCCCUGUUCUUUUAUUUUCCUCUUCAUCUUCUUCUAUUCUCCUUCAUUCCUGUUCUUUUAUUCUCCUCUUUCAUUUUUAUUCUCCUCAUCCCUGUUCUUUUAUUUUCCUCGUUCAUGUUCUUUUUUCUCUUCAUUCCUGUUCUUUUCAUUUUCCUCUUUUCCUGAUUCUUUUAUUCUCCCCUCCCCUGUUCUUUUAUUUUUCCUCAUUCCUGUUCUUUUAUUUUCUCAUUCUUUCUUUCAUGUUCUUUUAUUCUCCUCAUCCCUGUUCUUUUAUUUUCCCUCUUUUCUUUUAUUUUCCUCUGUUCAUCUUCUUCCUAUUCUCUUUUCCUGUUUUUUUUUCUCCUCUUUUCUUUUGUUUUCUUUUAUUCUUCCUCUUCAUUCCCUUUCUUUUAUUUUUUCUCAUUUUUCUUUUUUUUUUCCUCAUUCUCUUCUAUCCUGUUCUUUUCAUUCUCCUCUUUCAUCCUGUUCUUUUUAUUUUCUUUUCAUCCCUCUUUUAUUUUGUUCUUUUAUUUUUUUAUCGUUCAUUUUCUUCUUUAUUCUCUUCAUUUUUGUUCUUUCAUUCUCCUCUUUCAUGGUCUUUUUAUUCUCCCUCAUCCCUGUUCUUUUAUUUUCCUCGUUCAUGUUCUUCUAUUCUCUUCAUUCCUGUUCUUUCAUUCUCCUCUUUCAUGGUCUUUUUAUUCUCCUCAUCCCUGUUCUUUUAUUUUCCUCAUUCAUGUUCUUCUUCUUCUUCAUUCCUGUUCUUUCAUUCUCCUCUUUCAUUUCUUUUAUUCUCCUCAUCCUUGUUCUUUUAUUUUCCUCAUUCAUGUUCUUCUAUUCUCUUCAUUUCCUGUUCUUUCAUUCUCCUCUUUCAUGGUCUUUUAUUCUCCUCAUCCCUGUUCUUUUAUUUUUUCCUCGUUCAUGUUCUUCUAUUCUCUUCAUUUCCUGUUCUUUCAUUCUCCUCUUUCAUGGUCUUUUAUUCUCCUCAUCCCUUCUUUUUUUUCCUUUCCUCGUUCAUUUCUUCUUCUUUCAUUCUCUUUCAUUCCUGUUUUCUCUCUUCUCCUCUUUCAUGGUCUUUUAUUCUCCUCAUCCCUGUUCUUUUAUUUUCCUCAUUCCCUCAUCCUUGUUCUUCUAUUUUCUCUUCAUUUUUAUUUCUUUCAUUCUCCUCUUUCAUUGUCUUUUUAUUCUCCCCUCCCUUUUCUUUUAUUUUCCUGGUUCAUUUUCUUCUUUCUCUUCAUUCCUGUUCUUUUUUUCUCCUCUUUCCUGUUCUUUUAUUCUCCUCAUCCCUGUUCUUUUUUUUCAUUCUGUUCUUUAUUCUCUUCAUUCCUGUUCUUUCAUUCUCCUUUUCUUUUAUUUUCUUCUCCUCAUCCCUGUUCUUUUUAUUUUCCUCAUUCAUGUUCUUCUAUUCUCUUCAUUCCUGUUCUUUCAUUCUCCUUUCAUUGUCUUUUAUUCUCCUCAUCCUUGUUUUUUUUCAUUUUCUAUUCUCAUUCAUGUUCUUCUCAUUCUCUUCAUUCCUUUUUUUCAUUCUCCUCUUUCAUGGUCUUUUCAUUCUCCUCAUCCCUGUUCUUUUUAUUUUUCCUCUUCAUGUUCUUCUAUUCUCUUCAUUUUCCUGUUCUUUCAUUCUCCUCUUUCAUGGUCUUUUUUUUCUCCUCAUCCCUGUUCUUUUAUUUUUCCUCAUUCAUGUUCUUCUAUUCUCUUCAUUCCUGUUCUUUCAUUCUCCUCUUUCAUGGUCUUUUAUUCUCCUCAUCCCUUGUUCUUUUAUUUUCCUCAUUCAUGUUCUUCUAUUCUCUUCAUUCCUGUUCUUUUCAUUCUCCUCUUUUCAUGGUCUUUUAUUCUCCUCAUCCCUGUUCUUUUUUUUUCCUCAUUCAUGUUCUUCUAUUCUCUUUCAUUCCUGUUCUUUCAUUCUCCUCUUUCAUUUUGUCUUUUAUUCUCCUCAUCCCUGUUCUUUUUUAUUUUCCUCAUUCAUGUUCUUUCUUCUAUUCUCUUCAUUCCUAUUCUUUCAUUCUCCUCUUUCCUGGUCUUUUUUCUCCUCAUCCCUGUUCUUUUAUUUUCCUCAUUCAUGUUCUUUUAUUCUCUUCAUUCCUGUUCUUUCAUUCUCUCCUUUUCUUUCUUUUAUUCUCCUCAUCCUGGUUCUUUUAUUUUCCUCAUUCUUCUUUUUCUUUCCUCUUUCUUUUUCUCUCUUUCAUUGUUUUUAUUCUCCCUCAUCCCUGUUCUUUUAUUUUUUUCUUUUCUUCUUUCUCUUCAUUCCUGUUCUUUCAUUCUCCUCUUUCAUGGUCUUUUAUUCUCCUCAUCCCUGUUCUUUUAUUUUCCUCAUUCAUGUUCUUCUUUCUCUUCAUUCCCUGUUCUUUCAUUCUCCUCUUUCAUGGUCUUUUAUUCUCCCUCAUCCCUUUUUUUUUUUGUUUUUUUAUUUUCCUCAUUCAUGUUCUUCUAUUCUCUUCAUUCCUGUUCUUUCAUUCUCCUCUUUCAUUGGUCUUUUAUUCUCCUCAUCCCUGUUCUUUUAUUUUUCCUCGUUCCUUCUUCUCUUCAUUCCUGUUCUUUUAUUUCUCCUCUUUCUUUUUCAUUUUUUUUUUAUUUCCUCUCAUUUUUUUCCUGUUCUUUUCAUUUUUCCUCUUUCAUUCUUUUUAUUCUCCUCAUCCCUUUCUUUUUAUUUUUUCAUUCUCUUCUUCUAUUCCUGUUCUUUCAUUCUCCUCUUUCAUGGUCUUUUUUUCUCCUCCUCAUCCCUGUUCUUUUAUUUUCCUCAUUCCUGUUCUUCUUUCUCUUCAUUCCUGUUCUUUCAUUCUCCUCUUUUCUUUUCUUUUUUCUCCUCUUUCCUGUUCUUUUAUUCCAUUCUUUUCUCUUCAUUCCUUUUCUUUCAUUCUCCUCUUUCAUGGUCUUUUAUUCUCCUCAUCCUUCUUCUUUUAUUUUCCUCAUUUGUUUUCUAUUCUCUUUCAUUCCUGUUCUUUUUCUCCUCUUUCAUUUUGUCUUUUAUUCUCCUCAUCCCUGUUCUUUUAUUUUCCUCAUUCAUGUUCUUCUAUUCUCUUCAUUCCUGUUCUUUCAUUCUCCUCUUUCAUGGUCUUUUUAUUCUCCUCAUCCCUGUUCUUUUAUUUUCCCUCAUUCAUGUUCUUCUAUUCUCUUCAUUUUUGUUCUUUCAUUCUCCUCUUUCAUGGUCUUUUAUUCUCCCCAUCCCUGUUCUUUUAUUUUCCUCAUUCAUGUUCUUCUAUUCUCUUCAUUCCUGUUCUUUUCAUUCUCCUCUUUCAUGGUCUUUUAUUCUCCUCAUCCUUUAUCUUUUUUCAUUUUUUCUUUCUCUUCCUGUUCUUUCAUUCUCCUCUUUCCUUUUCUCUUUUAUUCUCCCUCAUUCCUUUUCUUUCAUUUCUUCUUCUCUUCAUUUUGUUCUUUUUCUCCUCUUUCUCUUUUAUCCCUCAUCCCUUCUUUUAUUUUCCUCAUUCAUGUUUUCUAUUCUCUUUCAUUCCUGUUCUUUCAUUCUCCUCUUUCAUGGUCUUUUUUAUUCUCCCUCAUCCUUGUUCUUUUAUUUUUUCCUCAUUCAUAUUCUUCUAUUCUCUUCAUUCCUGUUCUUUCAUUCUCCUCUUUCCAUGGUCUUUUAUUCUCCUCAUCCCUGUUUCUUUUAUUUUCCUCAUUCUGUUCUUCUUCUCUUCAUUCCCUCUUUCAUUCCCUGUUCUUUUCUUUUAUUUUCCUCUUUUUCUUCUUUUUUUUCUCUCAUCCCUUUCUUUUCUCCUCUUUCAUUUUUUCCUCAUCCCUGUUCUUUUAUUUUCUUUCUCCUGUUCUUUCAUUCCUGUUCUUUCAUUCAUAUUUCUUUUAUUCUCCUCAUCCUUAUUCUUUUUUCUUUUUUCUUCUUUCUUCUCUUCUUUCAUUCCUCUUCUUUUCAUUUCCUCUUUCAUUUUCUUCUUUUCUCCCCUCAUCCUUUUUGUUCUUUUUUUUUUCCUCAUUCAUGUUCUUUCUUCGAUCUCUUCAUUUCCUGUUCUUUCAUUCUCUCCUCUUUAUUCUCCUCAUUGUUCUUUUUUCUUUUCUCUUCAUUUUGUUCUUUCUCUUCUUUUCUCCUCAUUUGUUUUCCCUGUUCUUUUUUUAUUUUCCCCUGUUCAUUUUCCUCGUUCCUUUCUUUCUCUUCAUUCCUGUUUCUUUCAUUCUCCUCUUUCAUGGUCUUUUAUUCUCCCUCAUCCCUGUUCUUUUAUUUUCCUCAUUCAUGUUCUUCUAUUCUCUUCAUUCCUGUUCUUUCAUUCUCCUCUUUCAUGGUCUUUUAUUCUCCUCUCAUCCCUUGUUUUCUUUUAUUUUUCCUCGUUCAUGUUCUUCUAUUCUCUUCAUUCCUGUUCUUUCAUUCUCCUCUUUCAUGGUCUUUUAUUCUCCUCAUCCUUUUAUUUUCCUGUUCUUUUUCCUAUUUUCCCUGUUUUUUUUCAUUCUCCUCUUUCAUAUUUUUAUUCUCUUCCUCUGUUCUUUUAUUUCCUCGUUCUUUUCAUUCUCUUCUUUCAUGGUCUUUUUUUUUCCUCCCAUCCCUUUCUUUUUUCUUUUAUUUUCCUCAUUCCCUUCUCCUCUUUUCUUUAUUUUCCUCUUCCUUUUCCCUUUCUAUUCUCUUCAUUCCUGUUCUUUCAUUCUCCUCCCUUUUUAUCUUCCUUGUUCUUUUAUUUUCCUCGUUCUUUCUUCUCCUCUUCAUUUUUGUUCUUUUAUUUUCCUCCUCGUUCAUAUUCUUCUAUUCUCUUCAUUCCUGUUCUUUCAUUCUCCUCUUUCAUGGUCUUUUAUUCUCCUCCCUCCCUGUUCUUUUAUUUUCCUCGUUCAUCCUCUUCUAUUCUCUUCUUUUAUUUUUCCUCAUUCAUGUUCAUUCUCCUUCUUUUUUUAUUCUCCUCUUUCAUCUUUUCUUCUCCUCAUCCCUGUUCUUUUUUUUUCCUCGUUCAUUUCUUCCUCUUCAUUCCUGUUCUUUCUUCUUUCAUUCUCCUCAUCCCUGUUCUUUUAUUUUCCUCGUUCCUUCUUUCUUUCAUUCCUGUUCUUUCAUUCUCCUUUUCAUGGUCUUUUAUUCUCCUCAUCCCUGUUCUUUUUAUUUUCCUCGUUCAUGUUCUUCUAUUCUCUUCAUUCCUGUUCUUUCAUUCUCCUCUUUUCAUGGUCUUUUAUUCUCCUCAUCCCUGUUCUUUUAUUUUCCUCAUUCAUGUUCUUCUAUUCUCUUCAUUCCUUUCUAUUCUUUCAUUCUCCUCUUUCCCUUGGUUCUUUUAUUCUCCUCAUCCUUGUUCUUUAUUUUCCUCGUUCAUGUUCUUCCUAUUCUCUUCAUUCCUGUUCUUUCAUUCUCCUCUUUCAUGGUCUUUUAUUCUCCUCAUCCCUGUUCUUUUAUUUUCCUCAUUCAUGUUCUUCUAUUCUCUUCAUUCCUGUUCUUUUCAUUCUCCUCUUUCAUGGUCUUUUUUAUUCUCCCAUCCCUGUUCCCUCGUUCUUUUAUUUUUCUCCUCAUUCCUGUUCUUUCAUUCUCCUCUUUCAUGGUCUUUUUAUUCUUCAUCCCUGUUCUUUUAUUUUUUUCCUCGUUCAUGUUCUUCUAUUCCUGUUCUUUUAUUUUCUCUUUCUUUUUCUUUUUUUUUUCCUCGUUCAUGUUCUUUUUUCUCUUCAUUCUGUUCUUUCAUUCCCUCAUUUCUUUUCUUUUUCUAUUCUCCUCAUCCCUGUUCUUUUAUUUUCCUUCUCUUCAUUUCUGUUCUUUUCAUUCUCUUUCUUUCCUGUUCUUUUAUUUUUGGUCUCUCCUCAUCCCUGUUCUUUUAUUUUCCUCAUUUCAUGUUCUUUCUCUUUUUCCUGUUCUUUCAUUCUCCUCUUUCUUUUUAUUUUCUCUUUUUUUUUCCUCUCCUUGUUCUUUUUAUUUUCCCUCAUUCUUUUUGUUCUUCUUUCUCUUCAUUCCUCCAUUCUCCUCUUUUCAUUCUUUUAUUCUCCCUUUUCUUUUUUUUUUUUCCUCAUUCAUUUCUUCUAUUCUCUUCAUUCCUGUUCUUUCAUUCUCCUCUUUCAUGGUCUUUUUAUUCUCCUCAUCCCCUGUUCUUUUUAUUUUUCCUCUGUUCAUGUUCUUUCUAUUCUCUUCAUUCCUGUUCUUUCAUUCUCCUCUUUCAUGGUCUUUUAUUCUCCUCAUCCCUGUUCUUUUAUUUUCCUCGUUCAUGUUCUUCUAUUCUCUUCAUUUUUGUUCUUUUAUUUUCAUUCUCCUCUUUCAUGGUCUUUUAUUCUCCUCAUCCCUGUUCUUUUAUUUUCCUCGUUCAUGUUCUUUUAUAUUCUCUUCAUUCCUGUUCUUUUCAUUCUCCUCUUUCAUGGUCUUUUUAUUCUUUCCCUGUUUUUUAUUUUUUUUCCUUCAUCCCUUUCUUUUAUUCUUUCCUCUCUUUUCAUGGUUUUUAUUCUCCUCAUUCCCUGUUCUUUUAUUUUCCUCAUUCAUGUUCUUUAUUCUCUUCAUUCUUUAUUUCUUUUUCUUUUUUUUUUCUCUUUCAUGGUCUUUUUUCUUCUCCUCAUCCCUGUUCUUUUAUUUUCCUCGUUCAUUGUUCUUUUAUUCUUUCCAUUCUAUUCUCCUCAUCCCUUUCUUUUUUUUCUCAUUCUAUUCUUCUAUUCUCUUCCUGUUCUUUCAUUCUUUUAUUCUCCUCAUCCCCUCUUUUAUUUUUCCUGUUCUUUUUCUAUUCUCUUCCUGUUCUUUCAUUCUCCUGGUCUUUUAUUCUUUUAUUUUCCUCAUUCAUGUUCUUUUUCUUCUCUCUUUUUCAUUCUUUUAUUCCUCAUCCCUCUUUUUUAUUUUCCUCGUUCUUUUUCCUCUUUUCCUUCAUUCUUUCCCUUUCUCUUUUAUUUUUCUGUUCUUUCUUCUCUUCAUUCCUGUUCUUUUAUUCUCCCUUUUUUCAUCCUCCUCAUCCCUUUCUUUUAUUUUCCUCGUUCAUCUUUUCUUCUAUUCUCUUCUGGUCUUUUAUUCCUGUUCUUUUCUUUUAUUUUUCCUCUUUCUUGGUUCUUUUUUCAUUCUCCUUUUCAUCCCCUGUUCUUUUUAUUUUCCUCGUUCAUGUUUCUUCUUUCUCUUCAUUCCUGUUCUUUCAUUCUCCUCUUUCAUGGUCUUUUAUUCUCCUCAUCCUUGUUCUUUUAUUUUCCUCGUUCAUGUUCUUCUAUUCUCUUCAUUCCUCUUUCAUUCUCCCUGUUGGUCUUUCAUUCUCCUCUUUCAUUUUUAUUUCCUCGUCUUUUUUAUUCUCCCCAUCCCUUUUUAUUUUCUUUUAUUUUCCUCGUUCAUGUUCUUCUUCUAUUCUCUUCAUUCCUGUUCUUUCAUUCUCCUCUUUCAUGGUCUUUUAUUCUCCUUCAUCCUAUGUUCUUUUAUUUUCCUCGUUCAUGUUCUUCUUUCUCUCUUCAUUUUCCUGUUCUUUUUUCAUUCUUUCCUUGGUCUUUUUAUUCUCCUCAUCCCUGUUCUUUUAUUUUCCUUCUAUUCUCUUCAUUCUUUCUUUCAUUCUCUUCAUUCCUUUAUUCUUUCAUUCUCCUCUUUCUCUUCAUUCCUGUUCUUUUUUUCCUUUCUCCCUCAUCCCUGUUCUUUUAUUUUCCUCGUUCAUGUUCUUCUAUUCUCUUCAUUUUCUGUUCUUUCAUUCUCCUCUUUCAUGGUCUUUUUUAUUCUCCUCAUCCUUGUUCUUUUAUUUUCCUCGUUCAUGUUCUUCUAUUCUCUUCAUUCCCUGUUCUUUCAUUCUCCUCUUUCCUUGGUCUUUUAUUCUCCUCAUCCCUGUUCUUUUUUAUUUUCCUCGUUCAUGUUCUUCUAUUCUCUUCAUUCCUGUUCUUUCAUUCUCCUUUUCAUGGUCUUUUAUUCUCCUCAUCCCUGUUCUUUUAUUUUCCUCAUUUCCUGUUCUUCUAUUCUCUUCAUUCCUGUUCUUUUCAUUCUCCUCUUUUCCUGGUCUUUUUAUUCUCCCUCAUCCCUUGUUCUUUUAUUUUCCUCGUUCAUGUUCUUCUAUUCUCUUCAUUCCUGUUCUUUCAUUCUCCUCUUUCAUGGUCUUUUAUUCUCCUCAUCCCUGUUCUUUUAUUUUCCUCGUUCAUGUUCUUCUAUUCUCUUCAUUCCUGUUCUUUCAUUCUCCUCUUUCAUGGUCUUUUAUUCUCCUCAUCCCUGUUCUUUUAUUUUCCUCGUUCAUGUUCUUCUAUUCUCUUCAUUUCCUGUUCUUUCAUUCUCCUCUUUCAUGGUCUUUUAUUCUCCUCAUCCCUGUUCUUUUUAUUUUCCUCAUUCUGUUCUUCUAUUCUCUUCAUUCCUGUUCUUUCAUUCUCCUCUUUCAUGGUCUUUUAUUCUCCUCAUCCCUGUUCUUUUUCUUUCAUUUUUCCUCAUUCAUGUUCUUCCCUAUUCUCUUCAUUCCUGUUCUUUCAUUCUCCUCUUUCAUGGUCUUUUAUUCUCCUUCAUCCCUGUUCCUUUUUUUUAUUCUUUUUUUUCCUCGUUCAUGUUCUUCUAUUCUCUUCAUUCCUGUUCUUUCAUUCUCUCCUCUUUCAUGGUUCUUUUUAUUCUCCUCAUCCCUGUUCUUUUAUUUUCCUCGUUCCUGUUCUUCUAUUCUCCUCAUUCCUGUUCUUUCAUUCUCCUCUUUCAUGGUCUUUUAUUCUCCUCAUACCUGUUCUUUUAUUUUCCCUCGUUCAUGUUCUUCCUAUUCUCUUCAUUCCUGUUCUUUCAUUCUCCUCUUUUCAUGGUCUUUUAUUCUCCUCAUCCCUGUUCUUUUUUUUUUCCUCGUUCAUGUUCUUCUAUUCUCUUCAUUCCUGUUCUUUCAUUCUCCUCUUUCAUUGGUCUUUUAUUCUCCUCAUCCCUGUUCUUUUAUUUUCCUUUUUCAUGUUCUUCUAUUCUUCUUUCAUUCCUGUUCUUUCAUUCUCUUUCAUGGUCUUUCUCCUCAUCCCUGUUCUUUUAUUUUCCUCGUUCUUUUUCUAUUCUCCAUUCAUUCCCUGUUCUUUUAUUUUCCUUUCCUCUUCAUUCCUGUUCUUUCAUUCUCCUCUUUUCUCUUUUUUCUUUUAUUUUCCUCAUUCAUGUUCCUAUUCUCUCUUCAUUCUCCUGUUCUUUUAUUUUCCUCUUUCAUGGUCUUUUUCUCCUUUUCAUUCUCCUCAUCCCUGUUCUUUUAUUUUCCUCGUUCAUGUUCUUCUAUUCUCUUCAUUCCUGUUCUUUCAUUCUCCUCUUUCAUGGUCUUUUUUCUUCUCCUCAUCCCUGUUCUUUUUCUUUUUCCUCUUUCAUUUCUCCUCUUUCAUGUUCAUGUUCUUUAUUUUCUAUUUCUUCUUUCUCUUCAUUCCUGUUCUUUCAUUCUCCUCUUUCAUGGUCUUUUAUUCUCCUCAUCCCUGUUCUUUUUCUAUUUUCCUCGUUCCUAUUCUUCUAUUCUCUUCAUUCCUGUUCUUUCAUUCUCCUCUUUCAUGGUCUUUUUAUUCUCCUCAUCCCUGUUCUUUUAUUUUCCUCGUUUCCCUAUUCUUUCUAUUCUCCCUUCAUUUCCUGUUCUUUCAUUCUCCUUUUUCUUUCAUUCUCCUCUUUUCAUGGUCUUUUAUUCUCCUCAUCCCUGUUCUUUUAUUUUCCUCAUUUCCUAUUCUUCUAUUCUCUUCAUUCCUGUUCUUUUUCAUUCUCCUCUUUCAUGGUCUUUUAUUCUCCUCAUCCCUGUUCUUUUAUUUUCCUCGUUCCUAUUCUUCUAUUCUCUUCAUUCCUGUUCUUUCAUUCUCCUCUUUCAUGUCUUUUAUUCUCCUUUUUCUUUUAUUUUCUCCUCAUCCCUUCCUGUUCUUUCAUUUUUUCUUUUCUUCUCCUCAUCCUUGUUCUUUUUCUUUUCCUAUUCUUCUAUUCUCUUCAUUCCUGUUCUUUCAUUCUCCUCUUUCAUGGUCUUUUAUUCUCCUCAUCCCUGUUCUUUUUAUUUUCCUCGUUCAUGUUCUUCUAUUCUCUUCAUUCCUGUUCUUUCAUUCUCCUCUUUCAUGGUCUUUUUUCUUCUCCUCAUCCCUGUUCUUUUUUUUUCCUCGUUCCUUCUAUUCUUCUGUUCUUUCAUUUCUCCUCUUUCAUUCUUUUAUUCUUCUCAUCCUCAUUUUCCUCGUUCUUUUCAUUCUCUUCAUUCCCUUUCUUUCAUUCUCCUCUUUCAUGGUCUUUUAUUCUCCUCAUCCCUGUUCUUUUAUUUUCCUCAUUCCUAUUCUUCUAUUCUCCUUCAUUCCUGUUCUUUCAUUCUCCUCUUUCAUGGUCUUUUUUCUUCCCCUCAUCCCUGUUCUUUUGUUUUCCUCGUUCCUGUUCUUCCUAUUCUCUCAUUCCUGUUCUUUCAUUCUCCUCUUUCAUGGUCUUUUUAUUCUCCUCAUCCCUGUUCUUUUAUUUUUCCUCCCUGUUCUUUUUCUUUUCCUCGUUCCUGUUUUCCUUCCUUUCUUUUAUUCUCCUCAUUCCUGUUCUUUCAUUCUCCUCUUUCAUGGUCUUUUAUUCUCCUCAUCCCUCUUCUUUUUUUUUUCCUUUUCCUCAUUCCUGUUUUUUCUUCUCCUCCUCAUUCUCCUCAUUCUUUCUUUCAUUCUCCUCUUUCAUAGUCUUUUUAUUCUCCUCAUCCCUGUUCUUUUUCUCCUCAUUUUCCUUCUCCCUUCUUCUAUUCUCCCCUCAUUCCUGUUCUUUCAUUCUCCUCUUUCAUAGUCUUUUAUUCUCCUCAUCCCUGUUCUUUUAUUUUCCUCGUUCCUGUUUUUCUAUUCUCCUCAUUCCUGUUCUUUCAUUCUCCUCUUUCAUAGUCUUUUAUUCUCCUCAUCCAUGUUCUUUUAUUUUCCUCGUUCCUGUUCUUCUAUUCUCCUCAUUCCUGUUCUUUCCCUGUUCUUUUAUUUUUCUCCUCUUUCAUAGUCUUUUAUUCUCCUCAUCCAUGUUCUUUUAUUUUCCUCGUUCCUGUUCUUCUAUUCUCCUCAUUACUGUUCUUUCAUUCUCCUCGUUCCUGUUCUUUUAUUCUCCUCAUCCCUGUUCUUUUAUUUUCCUCGUUCCUGUUCUUUUAUUCUCCUCAUUCCUGUUCUUUCAUUCUCCUCUUUCAUCGUUUUUUAUUCUCCUCAUUCCUAUUCUUUUAUUCUCCUCAUUCCUAUUCUUUUAUUCUCCUCAUUCCCGAUCUCUCUUUUCGAUUUUUCUUUUUGCAUUUUCUGUCUGUCUUUUUAUUCUCUCUCUCUCUCUCUCUCUCUCUCUCUCUCUCUCUCUUUUUAUUUGCAUUCUCUGUCUGCCCGUCUCUCUUUUUGCUGUUUCUGUAUGUCUCUUUUUUUUGUUUUUUUUUUUUGCUAUCUCUGUCUAUCUAUCUCUCGUUUUUCCAAUCUGUGCGUGUCUCCCUUUCUUGCUUUCUCUGUCUGUCUCUCACUCUUUCUUUUGCAGUUUCUGUCUUUUCUGUCUCUCUCGCUUUAGCAGUCUCUGUCUCUAUAUCUCCCUUUUUUUUUAUUUUCUGUCUGUCGCUCUGUCCCUGUCUCUCUCUCUCUCUCUCUAUCUCUCUAUCUCUCUUUCUCUUGCACAGUCUCUGUCUCUAUAUCUCACUUUUUUUAAUUUUCUGUCUGUCUGUCUGUCUGUCAGUCUGUCUUUCUCUCUCUCUCUCUCUCUCUCUCUCUCUCUCUCUCUCUCUUUCUCUUGCAGUCUCUGUUUAGCUCGCUUACGUUUUUUUUUCAUUCUCUGUCUGUCUCUCUUUAUUGCCGUCUCUCUCAAUUUUUUGCAGUCUCUGUUUUUUUUUUUGCAUUCUCUGUCAAUCUCUCUCUUUUUGUAUUUUCUCUGUCUCUCUCUCUCUCUCUCUCUCUCUCUUUACAUUCCGUGUCUCUCCCCUUUUGUAUUCUCUGUCUCUUUCUGUCUUUUUUGCGUUCUCUGUAUCACUCUCUUUUUUACAUUCACUGUCUAUCUUUUUCGCAUACUCUGUCUGUCUGUCGCUUUAGAUUCUCUCUCUGUCUAUCUUUUCUUUUCUUUUUCCUAUUUUUCAAAUUUCUUUUCGCCUUCUUUGUCAUAUUUUGCCUUUUCCAAACCGAUAUUUUGCGCCAAGCGUUGGACCGCCUCUACCUGA